GCAUGGAAUGAAAAGCGCAGCGCGUUCGCUGGCUUAAUUCGUCUCGUAUUUAUUUAUAAUAAAACAAAAUAAUAAUAGAAGGCGCAUGGCAUCUGCAAUGCAAUAGCCAGCAAAUAACGCGUAGUAAAUUAAUAUAGUCAAGUGCAGUGCAAUAACCGAUGCAUUUCGGACAAACGUAUUCGCCAGUCGCCGUCGUCGUCGUCGAACGUGUGUACGUGUGUGCGUGUGUGUGGCGCAGUUCAUACAAGUUGGCCUGAAAAAAGUGAAAGAAGCAAUAUCGCCAUAUUGUGUUGUCAAUACCGAAAAGUGCAUUCAAUCCUAUAUCAAUUUGUUGGUACAACAAAUGCCCAGCGAAUUGUGUGAACUGCGUCGACUUAUAUAAAUCAAAUUGACGGUACGCAAUUAAGGAAAAUAACCAUCUACAGAAGAUUCUGCUGGAUCACUUGUUCAACAAGCGACAUUCAAAUAGGGUUGCUCGAUUGCGGGACAGCGCCGGCUGUCAACAGUUAGAGAAGCAGAUUGCCGGUUAACGAAUGUCAGGCAAGCCAAACAGCUAGAGUCACCUCGAACCUGCACGCAUCCAGUAGCACAAUGGCGGUCAGCCGCGUACCCUCGCCGCCCCUGCCGGAAGUAAAUACGCCAGUCGCUGAGAACUGGUGUUACACGCAGGUCAAAGUGGUUAAAUUUAGUUAUAUGUGGACCAUAAAUAACUUUAGUUUUUGUCGGGAAGAAAUGGGUGAAGUUCUCAAAUCUUCCACAUUCUCAGCGGGUGCUAAUGACAAACUGAAAUGGUGUUUACGGGUAAAUCCCAAGGGUCUAGAUGAGGAGAGCAAGGAUUACUUAUCAUUAUAUUUACUGUUAGUAUCGUGUAACAAAUCUGAAGUCAGAGCCAAGUUCAAAUUUUCCAUAUUAAACGCAAAACGUGAGGAAACCAAAGCCAUGGAAUCCCAACGCGCAUAUCGUUUUGUUCAGGGGAAGGAUUGGGGCUUUAAGAAAUUUAUACGUCGCGAUUUUCUCCUGGACGAGGCCAAUGGCCUGUUGCCAGAGGACAAGCUGACCAUCUUCUGCGAGGUGAGCGUGGUGGCGGAUAGCGUCAACAUCUCGGGACAAUCCAACAUAGUGCAGUUCAAAGUGCCCGAGUGCAAACUCUCCGAAGACCUUGGCAAUCUCUUUGACAAUGAGAAAUUCAGCGAUGUCACGCUCUCUGUGGGCGGUCGAGAAUUUCAAGCGCACAAAGCCAUAUUGGCAGCGCGCAGCGAUGUCUUUGCUGCCAUGUUUGAGCACGAAAUGGAGGAGCGUAAGCUGAAUCGUGUCGCCAUAACCGAUGUGGAUCAUGAGGUGCUCAAAGAGAUGCUGCGAUUCAUAUACACGGGCAAGGCGUCCAAUCUAGAAAAAAUGGCUGAUGAUCUCUUAGCGGCUGCUGAUAAGUAUGCACUCGAAAAGCUGAAAGUGAUGUGCGAGGAGGCGCUGUGCGUCAAUCUCUCUGUUGAAACAGCAGCCGAAACGUUAAUAUUAGCUGAUCUCCAUAGUGCGGAUCAAUUGAAAGCACAAACGAUAGAUUUCAUUAAUACUCAUGCCACCGAUGUGAUGGAAACCACUGGCUGGCAAAAUAUGAUUACGACACAUUCACAUUUGAUAGCGGAGGCAUUUCGUGCGCUCGCAACACAACAAAUCCCACCAAUUGGACCACCAAGGAAACGCGUGAAAAUGAGCUGAAACCUUAAUCCAGCAGCUAAUCAUGUAACACUAAAUGCAAC